UUUGCCUUUUGACCAGUUGUUCAAACUUCAAUUUAAAUGUUAAAAAAGCGGUAUGAUAACAGCGACCUGUGAUAGUGAUAAGAGAGUAUUCAGAAUUGCACUUUUAAUAUUUAGUUUUCUGAGUGCAGUGUGUCGUACAUUUACACUAAGACGUAUUAGUACGCGGGAGAAUUGAACAUUUUGCGAGAGCAAUGAGUGUAAAAAAUAAUAAAGUAAUUCAAACAGUGUCGGGUUGGGUAGCGGUAGAAAUUCUUUUCCAGUGUGUUAUUAUUGGUUUCUGGCAGCUAUUUCAGCUUGCUUUAAGAAGGUUAUGGAAAGGACACCGUAGGAAAUUAUCUAAAAAUGUCCCACCGGUGGAAUUAGCUGUAGACACAUCAAUAGGAAUACAUUGCUAUAUUAUUGUCCAGGGAGUAAAAUACCACUAUGUAGAAACAGGCCCAAAGAAUGGACAGUUGGUCUUGAUUCUUGGUGAUGCCCCUGACAUAGGCAAUCUCUGGGUCCCAUCAUGGUCAUCAGUAGUUCAAAGACUUGCUGAAAAUGGUUACCAUGUGGUGACCCUUGAUCUUAGAGGAACUGGGGGUAGUGAGUCUGGUGACCGCUGUGACCUCUCACCUCCUAAAGCUGUUGAAGAGCUGGCCGCAUUGCUUCAAGCAUUAGAAGUAUCAGAAAAUAGUCCAGCUAUUGUUAUUGGCUUUGGGAUUGGAGGAAUGCUAACUUGGUAUCUGGUGCAUUGCCAAGGCGCCAUGAUUCACAAGUUCAUAGUGGUGGGAGCGCCUCAUCCGAACCUGUACUGGCAGCACCCACCGGCAGCCUUCUGUCAUCGCUCCUUGCACUUUAUACAGUGGCCGCACUUCCCCGAGCGUUGGUUAGCGGAGAUGGAGACCAGGGACGGGGCGCGGUGGUCACGAUCCAGGGCGAGGGACUGGAGCGGGGCACUCAACUACGUCAGAGGCGCAGCGUGGUACAGAAUCCACCCGGACCACAAGGCGCGUCCUCGUGGGUUGCUGAUGGGCACCAAGGAUAAUGCUGCUCAGCUGGUAGCUAGCGCACAGCACUGUGUCACACCCGCCAUCCGGUUGGUGACGAAACCAGAGCCAGGAGACAAGAGCCUCCCUCCUCACGUCAUAGACUUCAUUGUUGGGCGGAAGAAGCAAGUGGAUGAGGCGCCCCGUGGCUUAGUGACCAGAGUUCUGGAUGCGGUGGCCGACAAGGGUCGCGAGUUCACGGCCAGGCUCGCACUGCCUGCGAACGCGUGACGGUUAAAAUCCCUGCCAGAAUCACCAGUGGUCCAAAUUGGAAUUGUGUUAUUUUUCGUGAAUGUAUACUACAGCGUUUUAGUUAUAUUAGUUUUAUGGCUCUCUCUGUAUAAUAAAUACUAAGAAAAAAUCAGUCCACUGUUGUGUUUCCAGUGGAGUUAAUAUAAUCUAAGAUUUGCCUUAAUCCAAAGUACGUACAAGACUGCAGUAUAUAUGGAUGAUAUUAUAGUUAUUGUGUAAACGGAAUUAAUUGUAAAAGAUUUAAAUUUAUAUUGCAUUGAAAUUUUUAAACUAACCUUAAUUAAAAUAUGAUAUUAGUCUCUAUAUCAUAGGUAUAUUACGAUAUCGAUGAAUAAUUAUUGUCUACUACUUUACUUUGUUCGAAUGUUUAAUUAAUAUAAAUUAAUUAUGUUGCUUGGCGUGUUAACAAAGGUACUUUGAACCUACUUUGUAAGUUCCAUCAACAUAACUUCAGUAGGCAUUAUCUCCAUACAUAUAAUUAGUUAGGAUAAAUGGCAGCUAUUCGUCUUACGGC